AUCGAUACAUUUUUUUUGAAAAUAUUUUGUGUAACUUCUAGACCUUUGUACAAUUACUUUUUCUAUUGUUGCAAAAAAAAAAAAACAACAUAAACGUUGGCGUUUUGCUAGUAACUGAAAUAAAACGCAUCACCUUUAGUAAAUACAAGUAAACAAUAAUGACAAUGCAUAAGAAACAUACCUUUCAUUAAAACAAAAUUCAAACUGUUACAACAUUUGCUUCUUACAUAUACUCUCCGGACUAAAAUUCAAAAGACGAAGCAAUUGAAGUUUUGAAGAAUUCACAAUACAAAUACAUUUUAUAUCAUGGCCUUCAAACCAACUACCGUCAUCAAAUCCACGGCUGCAGCCAUAUUCACAAUUAUAGCAAUGGCUGCAUUCGCAUCUGCAUCCACUGGUUUAGUUCAAUCUCCUGAACAAGACCGCUACCUCAACCAAUGUCUUGGGAAGAUAUCUUCAAGGUGUGCAAUGUAUGCCACAGCCGAAAUGUAUCACCAUGGGCCGCUGAAACAAAACGGAUGUUGUCUAGAAAUUUAUCACAUGGGACAAAUUUGUCUUAACAUUGUGACAAGGCAUGUGAUCGAGGCCCUUGUUCCCAAACUUGAGCCUACUAAGAAACAAGACCUUAUUGACAAAGCCACACAAAUAUGGUAUCUUUGUGUCCCGGUUUAAUUUUUUAUAAAUGAAUUACCAUUUACCAUUCGAGUUAUACUAGUAGAGAGAUGGUGUUCUUUAGCUACUUUUUUUAAUUUCUUGAUAUUGAACAUUGUAAACAAUAAAAAGUCAUUCCGAGUCAAGAUUGGCAGCAAUGUUAUCUCAGUAAUAAUAAUACUAAUGGAUCAUCAUCAUCUUUUUCCAGUGGAGAAUGGCAUAUGUGAAAAACACAAAUUGGAUGAAAUUUUAUAUACAAAAACAGAUAUUAUAUAGAAGUUUUUUUUUUGUUUCUUUCUCGGAUGUUAGGUGCAAAGACACACUUUUGUGUUGCAAACCUCAACAGCUCUUUUACAAAAACUCUCUUCAUUUUCCAUACAUACAUUUUUGUUGUUGUUGGCCUUGUGUUCAUCUAUACAAUUACAUUGAUGUUGGGACCAGAGAAGUUCUGCUUUUGAGAACUGCUGCUUCUUUUUUUACAGCUUGAACGUUAAAAGCAGUUUCUUCCUGGCGCUUUUUUUCUCUUUUUCUUUUACAGACAGAUUAUUACAACGGCUACUAUUA